UCACAUCCCAGGGAGAAGCUGGAGAGGUUUCUAUUGCUGGAGGAUUUGCUCUGGCACCUGAUGUGCGUGCCAGCAGCCAUCUCAUCAGCGGGAUGUGGACGUCACUGUCACCAUAGAGACAGCAAGGGGGAUUCGGUUUCAAAAGGUGAAGAGAAGCUGGGAAGUAGGAAGAAGUUCCAGCAGAAGGCUCUGAAGCAAACUAAGCAGAAGAAAUCCAAGUCGGCUGAAUUUCUGAUGGUAAAAGAAGAGAGAGCAGCAACAGAAGGCAUUGAAAAUCCAGCUUUUAACAUCAGCAGCACAGAUCUUUCAGCAUAUCAGCCUUCAGAAGAGAAAGUUAUUAGACAUGACAAGCCAGAUAGCACCCUUGCAGCUCACCAACAAAAACUCGGGCUGCAAGCCCAUGCUGAACCAAGAGGAAAUGAAUACAGCAGAAAUUACUUUGACCCGUUGAUGGAUGAGGAAAUAAACCCAAGGCAGUGUGGGAUGGAGGUCAGUGAAGAAGAUACUGUAAAAUUUGAUGAGCAAAUUCUGUACUCAAAACUGAUGAAGCUUCUGGAUGAAGAAGACAAGAUGCUGGACUUCCAAGCCCGUGUCGUCAGUGAAGAUUUUCCAGAUGCUGUAAAGCCUGUCAGCUCCAGUAAGCCAUGUGACCUUCACAGGGAGCUUGAAGAUGAAGAGAUUCCUUCAUAUAUCGAACAGUUUGAGAGAGAUGUUCAGGGUGACAUAAUUCUGCUUGGCAGCUUUUCACUGGAACAGCACCACAAGGGAGCUUCUCACCACAAGAAACAAAAGUGGAGAGCCAGGAUUCAUGAACUCUUUCAAAGAGUGGGAAGUCAGCUGCUGAAAGCAGAGGAGAGUGGAAAUGAAGAAGGAAUGGCAGCCAGCUCUGGUAACCUUGCAGAUGUGAACACUGGAUUAAAUGGAGCAGCAGGACCUUGYGGGAAGGAUGACUGCUCCAUGAUGCCGCAGCCAAUAGAAAUCCAACUCAAAUGCCUGAGGGGAGUCAAAGAUAAAGUCUCUAAAGGCCUCUACACUCUCAAAGUUUCUGUUCUGAGCCGCUUAGGUGGUGCCUUGCUGGAGUGGCCUGAACUGGAGAAGCAGCCUCAGGCUGGGACGACGCAGGCUGUUAGUCACGGUGGAAACUUCUACAACRCUGAAAUCUACUUUGGGCAAAGUAUCCAGACAGUUCUACCACAUGGAAAAGCUGUGAAGCCUGGCAUGGUACUCCUCUUUGAACUCUUCCUUCUUCGUGGGACCUAUACUUGGAUUGAUCAGGAAGUGGGAUGGGGAGCUUUUCCCUUAUAUGAUAGCAAUUUUAAUACUUUGGAGGGAAAAUUUAAAUGUCCCUUCCUCAGAGGCCAUUAUGACUCCAAGAUUGACCGAUUCAAAAAAAUUGAAAAUUUUAUUUCUCAGGACUUGGAUCAUUGGCUAUGCAAUCUCUACUUUCAGAUAAUUAAACUACCACAGGAUUCASAUAAGCAAAACAAGUGUGAUAUGCAUCUUCAUCUCCCACCUGACCUUCUCAUGUAUUCAAGCACUGCUGAAAAGAAUGGUGUCUCAGACAAAGUUGUACAGCCUGGACCACAAGGGCAACCUCUGACCUCCCCCAAAGAUCCCGACACCCAUAAGGGAAGUAUUCCCACUGUUGUAAAGGAAGUGGAAAAGCAGUUUAAUGCCGUGAAAGGAGGAGAAGCGUGCAUGUCAGAAGAAGCUGGGAGGAAAAGAGAAGAGCUUAAAAUGCUUCCAGCAGAGGAUUACCAAGACUGUCACAGCAGAGCAGACAAACACUGUGGCUCCUUUAGGCUGCAGGGAGUCCAAGGAGGACGUCACAAGGUCAGCUGGAAUAACCCACCUAACCAAUGCUAUGAAGAAAAAUCAGGUCCCGAGAAUAAUGCAAGACAGGAAAAAGGGAAAAUACCUGCAAAGAGCAAUUUUGAUUUGGAAGACUUGGAGAAAUACACUUUUUCUGUGUGCUGCCACUCUGCUGCUGAAGUGAAGCUGUCCAGGCAGGYUGUGGAGCGUUUCCAUUUCGUGGUGUACACGGCCCUUUCGGAGCUGGGAGCCACACGCUGGCGCUCCAGGGACUUCUGGCUGCUCGCACUGCUGGUAGUUUUGCUUUGGUUCCUGAGACUUUAUCUGCAUUAUUUGAGCCAGUGGCUCUUCCUUCAGACSAUCUCAGUUCCUGUUGCAAAAUUCCAGCUCUUCCCUCACACUGUUGAUCUGUGCUACCAGAACUCCUUGCUGAACACCAGUGAAGAGCUGGCCAUGGUUGUGGUGGGACCCCUAACCUUGAAYGCAGGGCUGCUUCUUAUGGUCCUGAUCAGAUGGGGCUGUCAGCAGCUGUUUGGCUCAUUCCCUUCCUUCUUGUCAAAGUUCAUCAUAGCCAUGGGACUAUGGACAGUGCUGGACCCCUUGGCAGUGUUUGUAGUGGAUUCAUUCCUGGGGCGAUUUGGGAACAGCGUAGAGAAACCCAUUGCUGAUGCUGCAAAACUCUCCUGGGUGUUUCUAAGAGCAGGGGAGUCAGGAGUUCCUGGUGCCCUAAUCACAGUGAUGCUUUAUACCAUCCUCUUCAUKAUAUCAUCAACAGUGUUGUACCUGUAUUUUUUAAGGCUACAUAGUGAAGGUUGGCUGUUGGAUGUGUUUCGACGUAUUCAUGGUGAGGAAGGCGCAUUCUUUGUUCCACUGGACUUGGAGAUUUCCAGUCAAGAGCUGAGCUACAUUAUGAAGAGAGCUGAGCAGUGGAGGGGAAUCAACGGUGAAAGACRGAUGGUGAGUGGUGAACAGAGUCUCCAAAAAGAGUCUGUGGCCCAAAUUAAUACUUUCUAUUUCUGGGUGUAAUUUAAAAGAGCCUAGAUAUUAGGAUAUUAUUCUUCACUGAAUGGAGAAGCU